AUGAAAGAAACCUCUGCCUUCGCGGCUGUCGCGCCGACACCCGUGUUGCAAAGCAAAUAUGAUGGCGGUGACAAGGCGCUGGAGUUUCUGGCGCGAGAGAAGGAGGCCGGAAUGCUUGUCGAUGUUACUGAGACCAGAGUCCUGCGGUGGAAGAUUGACCUUCGGGUCAUGCCCAUCCUGAUGGCUAUCUACUUUCUGCAAUACCUUGACAAGACCCUACUCAAUUAUGCUGCCGUGAUGGGAAUCAAGAAAUUCUUGCCGGGGAACGAGUAUAACAAUCUCGGAACCAUCUUCUACGUUGGAUACCUUGUCGCGGAGCCCAUCACGGGGUACCUCAUGCAGCGCAUGCCUAUUGGCAAGUACCUCGGAUUCAACGUCUUUUGCUGGGGCAUUCUUGUUGCCUGCCACGCAGCAUGUCGGAGCUAUGCCCCGUUGAUGGUCGUCCGUGUUCUCCUGGGUGUUUUCGAGGCAUCGGUGGCGCCAGCUCUCAUCCUCAUCACCGGCAUGUGGUGGACAAAACCAGAGCAAUCACGCCGCACAGGCUUGUGGUAUAUGCAGAUUGGUGUCGCGCAGAUUGUGGGCGCCGCUCUGUCCUAUGGUUUCCAACACGUUCACUCGGAGAAACUAGAGAACUGGCAGAUCUUGUUUCUUUUCAUGGAAAAAGAAAAGAUCGCGGCUGUUGAACACGUGCGAAUCAAUCAAACUGGCAUCGAAAACAAGCAGUUCAAGCCUUAUCAAGUUAUGGAGCUCCUGAUCAAGGACAAGCAAACCUGGCCGUUAUUUUUCAUCACGGUACUGGCCAUGAUUGAUAAUGGCGCGGUCUCGAAUUUCUCCAGCAUCAUCAUCGCGACAUUUGGCUUCUCCACGGAGCGAACGACCAUCAUACAGAUGCCGUCUGGAGCAGUCUCUAUCAUCGCAACGUUUGCGGCUACGUAUAUUAUCGGUGCGAUUGGACAACGCUCUUACAUGAUUGCAAUCAUCACGCUACCCAGCAUUCUAGGUGCCGGGUUACUUUUGGGCCUGGACAACUCACACAAAGUCGGCAAGCUCAUCGGGGUCUAUCUCCUCAAUUCCUGUCCAGCGAUGCUGCCUAUUAUUUACAGCUGGAAUUCAGCCAAUACGAGCGGGUAUACCAAGCGCGUGAUGAGGAAUGCUUUGACGUUGGUUGCCUUUUGCAUUGGCAACCUGAUCGGCCCUCAGAUGUUCGCGCCAGGUGAUGCGCCAAACUACAACCAGGCUAAGAUUGCCCUCAUUGCGACCAUGUCGGGCGUGGUCGUACUCGCGAUUUUCCUACGACAGCUUGUGGUAUCUGACAAUGCGAAAAGGGACAAGGAACAGGCUCAGUCCCCAACCGAGGAGGCUUCUGACCCUGACCUAGCUUUUUCGGACCACACAGAUAUUCAAAACCGGCAUUUUCGAUAUCUAUACUAA